ACGGAACGCAGUAAUCGACGCGUGCGGCUUGUAUAUCUACUGAAUGUCAGGGACAAUAGCGUAGAGGGGGUGUGAUAUGAGCAUCCUGUUGGCGCUAUGUAGGCUAAUUUCGUCCGCGAUAAUUCAAUGAGAUUUCCCGCGGCUUUUGUCAUCGGUCAUUUAAUCGUGUCAUACGGCGCUAAAACGUUCGAGGAUCGGAUCCUUGUGAAUUUAAAGAUCGCGAAACAAAAAAACAGUUGUGGCAAAUUCGAACGAAUGAGUCGCAUGAUUCGUCGAGGUACCAGAAAACCGAGGCGAGUAAUUUACAAAUUCCAGUCGAUGCUGACGUACAACGGCUGCGCCGGAGGUGUCGUCGACACGGAGAACGGUUCUCCAGCGGAGUCCUUGUUGUCUGCCGAAGGAGAGCUCGCCGAGGAGGUCGGGGAUUCACCUGGAACGCCCAGGGACACUGAGGAAGAGGCGACGUUAUCCGACGAGUUUUAUUCUCACGACACGGACGACGAGGAUGAUCAAGGGAAGAAACGAAGGGAUCGCACUAACUCUCUAGACGGCAUUUCGCCCACUGGGGGUGGCCAUCUCGGCUCGCCGACACUUCGAGUGGGAACUCUAGGUGUCCGGAAAUUAUUCACAAACAGCCGUGAACGCUGGAGACAACAGAAUGUCAGCGGUGCCUUCGCCGAGCUUCGAAAAUUGGUGCCCACCCAUCCGCCCGAUAAAAAAUUAUCUAAGAACGAAAUUUUACGUCUGGCGAUACGGUACAUAAGACUGCUAAGUAACGUUCUGGAGUGGCAGAAGGCGCAGGACCGCAACGAGAUCCCCCAGCACGAGGUGCGAAUCAAAUGCGAGCCGGCGUUCAACACACAGAAUUCAACCGUAUAUUCAAAUAAGCCGUCAGUAGCCUUUUUAAAACAAGAGAAACACAUCAGCGAGAAUCACAAUGCCUACAGAACGAACUUUACCGUGCAAAAACAGACUCAACACCCUGUCUCCCACAUGGCGUGUGAUAAGAACGGCAACAACCUGCUGAUGAUCGCUCCCAGUGUCCACAAUAUGUCCGCUUCGAUGAACAAAAGGAGCGUGACACCUUCAGCAAUCGUUCAAAACACUUUUCCACCCGGUACAUUAACUAACGGGAGUCUAAUACGUCCUCCUAGGCCUACAACUUUCCCAAAGUCGCCUCAAAUCAACGUGCAAACUGUAAACAGUUCGAACAUCCUGACGAAUUGUUCAUCGAAUACUAAUUUGAGCAACAAUGUGGCCACGGUGAACGGAAGCAUGUCGAACUGUGGUCAGAAGAGGCUGAAAAUUGAAAGGGAGGAUGAUGAACAUUCUAAUCAGGUGAAAGACUGCAAAACUUUAUCGUCCUCUGCUCACAACGUACCAGUUAGGAAAAGAGUGAAAGUCACGUUCGUCAAAGACUCGAAUCCCGGGUACCGCAACGACUUCCGGAACGUCGAGCGGAAGUAAAGUAUGGGCGCCAAGUCCAGGUGUUUCGGUCGUGAGUAUUUUAUAUUGGUUGCCCAUCAAAUCCCUUGAAAGUAGUAAUGGUAAAGCGUUUGUCUUUGGAGCGCCAAUCGAGUUUAAGGAACGAUUCGAGUAAUUGAUUUAGGGCAAUGUUUUGAUUGUUGACGCGUUGUUGACGGUACGCGCAUGUUUAGAAAAAUGUAAUUAUUUAACUGAAUAAGAUUUUUUUUUAUUAAAAUUUAGUAACAGAAUAAUGAUUUUGAAAUAAUUUCGUUGAUUAUUAUUCUUUAAAGUGUUAAAGAGGAUGUUUUAAUGUGUUAAGAAGGUUUUCUGUAGUGAGCUGAAUUGUAUAUUGAAAUCGUAAGUGGUAGAAAACAAGAAAACUGUAAAUUGAUCUUUUGUUGUUUGAAUAAUUAAAUAGUUUGUGUAGAAUUUUCUAUUCUAGAUAUGGAAAUUUUUGUAUGCAAAGUGUGAAUAUCUUCUAUCGUUGGUAUUUGUGAUAUGGAAGACUCCAAUCGACGCCUUCCGUCAACAAUGUGUUAAUACGGUGAUGUAAAGUUCAUUGUUAAAACAAUUUCUUUGUUCCUUCGUUCGAACCUAAACAGAACAAAGGAAUCGAUACUCGUAUAGAGUAUAAAUUAUAAAAUAGUGAAAUCAAGUUGUAAACGUGUUACUCUGAGAAAUGUCAUUUUCGUUUGUUUGGCGAUGAAAUGAUAGGUUCAAGAAGUAUCAGUAUACAUAUAUGAAAGUUCAAAGUAAUAAGUUAUCAUAAGAAGAUAAUAAUGGUACUAGAUUGUAAAAGAAGUUAUUUAUCAUCAAUUAUUUCUUUUUAAUUGAAUUAUUCUAUGAUACAGGGGUUCAUUUCUGAUGUACCUAAAGAAACUAAAUUUGAACAGAAACGAACCCUUUUUUACCAUGACGUCACCAACAAGAUUUUUUUUAAUAAACCACCAAGACGUGUUACAUGAAUCUCUGUACAGAAAUAUUCACGUUAGUUCAAAUUCUUCAGUAUUAGACUGCGGAUCUUUAUAAAUACAUAAUCAACAAGUAUUUUCAAAAACUUAUAAAAUACAAAAUCUAAUAAAAAUUAAUACAAUUUUAUUUGUCCAUUAAUUUACGAAAACCAAUAGCAAAGAAAGUCAAAAUUCAUUGAAUUCCUAUUUCUCUAAAUUCUUAUGCACAAACUUGUGUAAAAAAGUUCUGCAGUCUAUAAUUAUCUAUCAGUCAUCUAUUAGUCUAUUACUUGUUUCAAUGCAAAGAUUAUUUUUUCUUCAAGUCAUUUCAACAAUCGCCAGUCUAGUCAAAAAGAAAAUCAGUCAAGGGAAGAGAAAAAAGUGUAACCAGUAAAAAGAUCAAAGUAUUAGUCCUCCAUAGUAGAGAAGUCGGCGACCACGAGCACGCAAUGUAUUUCGACGCCGAUACUUACCGCGGAUCGAAUCGUUGUCUUUCUCAAAGAAUAUUUUAUUAGUUAAAUCGCAUUACAUCGUUUGUACAGUAUUAAUUGCAUCCUCUGUUCAAGUAACUCGCGUUCAAUUGCCACCGUGCGAUGGUGCUGUAUCUUUAACAAACACUGGGAGAAGGUAUCGAAAUGUCUCCGAAACUCGUUAAGAUACAUCAACGCAUUGGCAUCGUGAUCGAGCACCGGUAACUUGCACGAUGACGUUCCGAGUCACACCCGUUACGUGGAAACUUCCGGUCACUGGUAUACACGUACCCAAGAAUCUCACAUUGAACGUGGCGAAAGAGGAUCGUUUAAGGGGCGUGACCAUUCAACGUUUACAUUACACGUAACACUUUAUACCGAUAAUUUCUUUCUACGAGCUGGCUAGCGGAUCCACUCGAAAUAAACGAAAACUAUACGAAACGCAGUGCAGCACACCUUUCGAUAUCCGUACCUAAGUGUCCUCGAGUCCAUUCGAGCAAAACGGAACCAGGAGAAUGAUCGACGAGGAUCAUUAUAUUUUCUUGACUUGAUUUCGUUGAAGGAAUUGCAACUCUAGAAUCAAAGACACUUCGUUUGUAAAAAACAUCUAAAUACACAAGACUGUCAAUGUUGCUAUGCUUUGAUUUUGUUAAAGAAACUGCAAAAUUCAUGGAAUUAAAAAUAUUUUAUCCACAAGAAACCCAUUUGCCAACAACUUUAUCACAUCCUUCUGAUUCGAUUUCAUUAAAAUAGUGCACAACUGGCAGAACUGAAAAUUUUUUAUAAGAAAUUCAUGUGUUUAAGAUGUUACACCUUCUAUGCUCGAUUCAUUCCAUCGAAGAAACUUACAUUCGCAGGACCCAGAAAUAUUUUAUCCAUAAGAAAUU